AUGGAUACCGAGAAGGGCCUGCGGAAGAACUCAGAAGGCCGGUACUCACCCGACUCCCUGGCGCCCGACUACUAUGGAGAGUCCUCGGUGCACCGCGACGGCCUGGGUCGUCGUGUAGUCGACAGCUUCAAGCGCAGCCCGAACUAUUUCUUGACGUCCAAGGCCACCGUCGCCGCUGACGGCAAGGUCUACGAUGUUGAGAGCGCCGCCCAGAACACGGCGACGUCGCCCCUCUCGCGGUCGUUGAAGGGGCGGCAUCUGCAGAUGAUAGCCAUCGGUGGUUCCAUCGGUACGGGCCUCUUUGUCGGGUCGGGCAGUGCUCUGGCCCACGGUGGGCCGGCCUCGGUGGUCAUCGCCUUUUGUCUGAUUGGCAUCAUGUUGUACUGCACAGUCCACGCACUGGGCGAGAUGGCCGUCUUGUUCCCCGUCGCGGGUUCAUUCUCGGCCUAUUCGACUCGCUUCUUGGAUCCGGCAUGGGGCUUCGCCAUGGGAUGGAACUAUGCCCUGCAAUGGCUGGUUGUGCUCCCCUUGGAAGUUGUUUCUGCGACCCUCACGAUUGAAUUCUGGAAUCACGGCAAAAUCAACAAUGAUGCCUGGGUCGGAAUAUUCCUUGUAUUGAUCGUUGCCAUCAAUCUAUUCGGUGUCAAAGGCUACGGUGAGGCCGAAUUCAUCUUUGCCAUCGUCAAAGUCACUGCCGUCAUUGGCUUCAUCGUCCUCGGCGUGGUCAUCAACGUCGGAGGCGGCCCAGAUGGCGGCUACAUCGGAGGCAAGCUAUGGCGCGACCCAGGAGCCUUCAACAACGGCUUCAAGGGGCUCUGCAGCACCUUUGUGACAGCUGCAUUCGCCUUUGGUGGCACAGAGUUGGUCGGGCUCGCUGCCGCCGAGACUGCAAACCCCCGCAAAUCACUCCCCACGGCCGUCAAACAGGUCUUCUGGAGAAUUACCCUCUUCUACGUUGUUUCUCUCAUCCUCGUCGGCCUUCUCGUCCCCUAUAACGAUCCCCGUCUCCUCAAUGGCACCAGUACGGCCGACGCUGUUGCCUCUCCGUUCGUUAUCGCCAUCCAAAACGCCGGCAUCCAAGGUCUCCCCUCCGUCUUCAAUGCCGUUAUCAUGGUUGCUGUCCUCUCUGUCGGCAACUCCUCCAUUUACGGCUCUUCUCGGACUCUCGCCGCCCUUGCAGAGCAAAAUCAAGCUCCCAAAAUCUUCGCAUACAUCGACCGUCAAGGCCGCCCCAUCGUCGCCAUCAUACUCGCCUCCGUCAUCGGCCUUCUCGCCUUCCUCGCCGGCACUAGCUGGCAAACGGAUGCCUUCAACUGGAUGAUGGCCAUCUCAGGCCUCUCAUCUAUCUUCACCUGGACGAGCAUCUGCGUCGCCCACAUCCGAUUCCGCAAAGGCUGGGCCGUGCAGGGCCAUACGCUCGACGAGCUGGCAUUCAAAUCCGCUGCUGGUGUCAUCGGGUCCUAUAUUGGCGCUACCUUCAACGUCCUCGUUCUCAUAGCGCAAUUCUGGACCGCAUUUGCGCCGCUCGGCUACGAGUCAAAGACGGCGAAGCAACUCGUAAACAACUUCUUCCAAGCCUAUCUCGCCUUCCCUGUCGUCCUGAUCAUGUACAUUGGAUACAAAGUCUAUUACCGGACACCCUUCAUCCGGUCGUACAACAUGGACCUACACACCGGUAUCCGCGAGCUAAAUCUCGCAGAGCUGAUUGCCGAAGAGCGGCUAGAUCGGGCGAACUGGCCGCGGUGGAGGAAGGUGUAUAAGUUCUUCUGUUGA